AACAAAUUGACAACGGCGGCUGCAAAUUAUUGAAAACACUAUUAAAAAAUAGAAUAAUAUAUUUUGAUUUACUGUAAUAAUGUCGAGUAACACCAAAGAGUGUAAGCAACUGCAGCCGCGCGCCAUUUUCGGCAUUAAUGGCAAAGUGGAAAAUGGCGUUCGCCAGCAUCCCGUUACACAGGCCGCCAUCUUUCCGCUGGGCAACAAGAUCGCCAUUGCCGACUUCAAGAACAACACACAAGAAUUUGUGGCCGGCCAUACCAACAGCAUCUCAUGCUUGGAUCUCAGCAAGAGCGGCAAGUAUAUUGCAUCUGGACAGAUUAAUCAUAUGGGCUUUCGUGGCUAUGUGAUCGUUUGGGACUACGAGACACGCAAGGAAAUCGGACGUCAUGAUCUGCACAAGGUGAAAGUGCAAGCCAUUUGCUUCACGGCCGAGGAUCGCUUUGUGAUUUCGAUUGGCGGCAAGGAUGACGGCUCCGUCAUUGUCUUUGAUAUGCAGACAUUCUCGCCCAUUUGCCGUCAGCCUGCUUCGCGGGCCAUAUCGGGCAAUGCUUUGACUGUGCGUCCGCUGCACAGAAAUCCGUUCUUCUUUCUCACUGCCGGCGAUCGCCAUUUGCGUCUUUGGAGCAUUCUGCGCGAGGAAAAGAAGCUUUAUGCCCAGGAUGUGCAGCUUGCCAGCAAGUCCCGUCAAUUCUAUUGCGUUCGCAUCGAUAAGAACGAUGAGUUUGCUUACCUUGGCUCUGGCACUGGAGACAUCAUUAAGAUCGUGUUGAACUGCUGCGACAAAGACAAUGUGACACGUCCUGGUUCAUCUAGCGGCAUCUUGGGCGCCUUUGGCACGCACAAUCCACGUAAACCAUCCGGUCGCGAUUGCAAUCGCUAUGUGAAUGGAGUGCGUGCUCUCUAUGUGCUCGAGGGCGGACGUUUGUUGAUUGGCGCCGGCGAUGGCGAAGUGCAGCUGGUGGAGGAACGCACCGAUGUGCCGCUAAUCAAUUUCCGCGAGUAUCCCGGCCCCACUUGGCCCUAUUUGCGCACCAUCAAGAGCACUCGCGUCUCUGGACGUAUUUCGUCGUUUGUGCGCUCCACGCCUGAGAAGUUCUAUAUCUGUACGGACACCAAUGAGAUCUAUAUGCUGAACAUACAGUCGUGGGUGCUGAAACUAUUGCGCACCUGCCACGCCAAGGCUGUUUACUUCAUCACAUUUCCCAAAAAUUAUGCUGCUGUCUUUGCUACUGCUGGGCAUGAGAGCAUACGUAUUUGGUCCUCUUCUCGCAAGCAGGAGCUGCUUCGCAUCAUGGUCUACAACUUCAACUGUGCUGCUGUGCGCUUCUCCCAGGACGGCACCAGCAUUGUCUCGGUGUGGAACGAUGGCAUCAUACGCGCCUUUACGCCCAUGACAGGACGCCUCAUCUAUGCCAUACCCAAUGCUCACAAUAAGGGCUGCAGUGCCUUGGCUGUGGCAUCCACGGGUCGUUUCAUUGUCACCGGUGGCAUUGAGGGACAGGUGCGCGUCUGGAAAAUAGAGCCAUAUCGCCAGGAUCUGGUGGGCGUUCUCAAGGAUCAUUCGGGUCCCAUUACCUCACUCGACAUCAACUAUCUGGACACGGAGGUCAUCUCUGCCUGCACCGAUGGUUCCUGUGUUAUUUGGGAUAUUAAUCGCAUGACCCGCAAACAGGUUGUCACAGCCAAUACACAGUUCAUGUCGGUGCUCUAUUUUCCCACUGGCGUGCAGAUUCUUACUUGCGGCUCUGAUGGCCGCAUCAUCUACUGGAUGGUCUACAAUGGGGCGCUCAUACGUGAGCUGACUGCCUCCAAGAAAUCCUCGGUCAAUUGCCUGUCCAUGAAUGCCACUGGAGACUACUUUGUGAGCGUGGGCAGCGAUCUGCAGGUCAAGUUGUGGGACUACAAUAGUGGCGAUGUCGUUGGCGUGGGGUCAGAGCACGCUUCCUCGGUGAUCAGUGCUGCCUACAGUCCUUGUGGCAAGACUUUUGUCACUGGCAGCACGGAUGGCUCACUGAUUAUUUGGGAUGUGCCUGAGGAGUACUGGGGAAAACCCAAUCCUCCAGAGGGUCCUUCGUACUCGUUGCCUAAAGCAGCGUCCAAAGGGAAAACGGUCGCAGCUCGUGUGGACUCUGGCACUCGCUUAAAGCCGCUGGCCGGCGAGAACAUCAAUGGUCUGCUCAAGGCAACGCCUAAGGAUGACAUCUGCUGUGUCGAGUGUCCACCUUGUGCCAAGAAGGAAGGCAAGGCUGCAGAUCCUUUUACCGAGUGCAAAAUUGUGCCCGAUGUACGAAAAUGUUAAACUUUUAAAUUUGUCUUUAGUUUUCUCAACUGUUCCAAGCAUUUGACUGAUACAAUUAUAAAAAAAAACUUGGAAUGGAAACUAAUACCGGCAGAUUUCUUCAGUCUUAACGAACUUCAAUUCCUCCAUCUACCCUACCAAUUAGAUUAGAUAUUAAGCAUGCAUUUUAUAAGU